CGCGGAAAGCCGCGGCAGCUGCGGGCUGCAGCGGCGUGGGAGUCCGGUGCGAGUGAACCACGGCGGAGAGACGAUCUCCCCGGGACAUCAUGCGGAGUGCUGCCAAGCCCUGGAGUCCAGUUGCCAAAGCAGGCAGCCAUGGCCCUGAUCGCCCUCGGCCCCUGCCCGGGACCCCUUCGGGCAUGAAGAGUUCCAAGUCUUCAACCUCGCUGGCCUUCGAGUCCCGGCUUAGUAAGCUCAAGAGGGCCAGCAGUGAGGACAUGCUCAACAAACCCGGAAGCGCCUCCUCGGGGACGGUGCGCAUGAAGAAGACCUCGACGUCGGGGGCCAUCUCGGAGCUCACCGAGAGCCGUCUGCGGAGCAACCCAGGGACUGUUCCAACAACCAAACGGACAGGCAUUCCAGCUCCACGGGAACUCUCAGUAACUAUCUCAAGAGAGAGGUCUGUGCCACGUGGUCCCUCCAGUUCAAAGAAGGUGGGCUCCAGUCCAACUUCCUCCUGCAAUCCAACUCCUACCAAGCACCUAAGGACCACCUCUGCAAAACCUAAGCAAGAGCAUGAAGGUUCAGAGAAGGCUGUGCUUGAGUCCCAGGUUCGGGAACUUCUGGCAGAAGCCAAAACCAAAGACAGUGAAAUAAACAGGCUUCGGAGUGAACUAAAAAAAUGUAAAGAGAGGUGGGUCCUGAGCUCUGAAGACCCCUGUGCUUCAGACCCAAGUGCAGAGGGCACAUUGGUCCCCGUGGGAGACACAGAGCCUUUGAUAAGAACCCUCGAGGAGAAGAACAAGACCUUUCAGAAAGAGCUUGCUGACUUAGAGGAAGAGAACAGGGCCUUGAAAGAGAAACUGACUUACCUUGAGCAGUCACCAAACUCAGAAGGGGCAGCAAGUCACACUGGUGACAGCAGCUGCCCAACAUCCAUUACCCAAGAGUCCAGCUUCGGAAGCCCAGUUAGAAAUGAAUUGUCCAGUGAAACGGACGAGUAUAGAAGAAGCCUACACGGAAGUGCAUUGCGGACCUCAGGAUCUUCAAGCAGUGAUGUCACUAAAGCCUCUCUGUCACCGGAUGCCUCAGAUUUUGAGCAUAUCACUGCAGACACCCCAUCUCGGCCCCUGUCAGCCACUAGCAACCCUUUUAAGGGCUCCAAGUGUUCCCCUACUGGGAGCUCCCCAAACAAUGCAAGUGAGCUGUCCUUGGCAUCUCUCACCGAGAAGAUCCAGAAGAUGGAGGAAAGUCAGCACAGCACCGCGGAAGAGCUUCAGGCUACUCUGCAGGAACUGUCAGACCAGCAGCAGAUGGUGCAGGAGCUGACAGCUGAGAAUGAGAAGCUAGCGGAUGAGAAGACCAUUUUAGAGACCUCUUUCCACCAGCACCGAGAGAGGGCAGAACAGCUGAGUCAGGAAAAUGAGAAACUGAUCAAUCUUCUGCAAGAGCGAGUGAAGAAUGAGGAGCCUAGUGCCCAAGGAGGAAAAAUCCUCGAGCUGGAGCAGAAGUGCACAGAUAUUCUUGAGAAGAGCCGCUUUGAAAGAGAGAAGCUGCUCAACAUUCAGCAGCAGUUGACCUGUAGCCUACGGAAGGUUGAGGAAGAAAACCAAGGAGCGAUAGACAUGAUUAAGCACCUGAAGGAAGAAAAUGAAAAGCUGAGUGGGCUCCUAGAACACGAGCGGUGUAAUAAUAGUGUGAUGGCCAAAACUUUGGAGGAAUGUAGGGUUACCUUGGAAGACUUGAAAAUGGAGAAUGGGUCCUUGAAGGCUCAUUUGGAGGCCGAUAAGCAAGAGGCCACAGAGGCCAGCAGUACCGUGGGGCAGAUGGCAGAGAACUUUGAGGUCCAGGAAAUGCUGAAAGUGGCUCGGUCUGAGAAAGAUCAACUGCAACUGUCUUGCACGGAGCUCAGACAAGAAUUGCUAAAGGCAAAUAGUGAAAUUAAACACGUUUCCAGCCUGCUAGCUAAGAUGGAAAAAGAUUAUUCUUACCUGAAGGAGGUCUGUGAUCAUCAGGCAGAACAGCUGAGCAGAACCAGCCUGAAAUUACAAGAGAAAGCUUCAGAGAGCGACGCAGAAAUCAAAGACAUGAAAGAAACCAUUUUUGAAUUGGAAGAUCAGGUGGAACAGCAUCGAGCUGUCAAGCUGCACAAUAAUCAGCUCAUCAGUGAGCUGGAAAGCAGUGUGAUCAAGUUGGAGGAGCAGAAGUCAGACCUAGAACGGCAAUUAAAGACCCUCACAAAGCAGAUAAAGGAGGAAACUGAGGAAUGGAGGCGGUUCCAGGCAGACCUGCAGACUGCAGUGGUGGUGGCCAAUGAUAUCAAGUGUGAGGCUCAGCAGGAACUGCGUACUGUGAAGAGGAGGCUGUUGGAGGAGGAAGAGAAAAAUGCCAGGCUGCAGAAGGAGCUGGGGGACAUACAGGGACACAGCAGACCUGUGAAUGAAGAGUCAGAACCCUCAGAUGUCGAUGCUGCUGGCCGGUGGCGUGGAGUCUAUGUCAACAGGACAUCUCCAGCUCCUUCAGACUCUGCAACCACUGUAAAGUCCCUGAUCAAGUCAUUUGACCUAGGACACUCAGGUGGAACUGCACAGAAUAUUUCUGUCCACAAGACUCCCAGAAGCCCCCUGAGUGGAAUCCCAGUGAGGACUGCUCCAGCAGCUGCUGUCUCUCCAAUGCAGAGACAUUCGACUUAUGACAUGCGGCCAGCCAGCAAAGGGAUGGCUCAGCGCCUGGAUUUGCCAGACCUUCCCCUCUCAGAUCUUCUGAAGGGAAGGGCCGAGGAUCGGAAGUCGGACCCUUACCUCCGAAAGAGCCCCUCACUGGAGUCCCUGAGCAGACCCCCCUCCCUGGGCUUUGGGAACAGCAGACUACUGAGUGCGUCCACCGGGGGUCUGAAGCCAAGCAAGCUCAGUGUUGAAAGAAGAGACCCUCUGGCAGCCUUGGCCCGGGAGUAUGGUGGCUCUAAGCGUAACGCACUCCUGAAAUGGUGUCAGAAGAAGACAGAAGGUUAUGCGAACAUUGAUAUCACCAAUUUCAGCAGCAGCUGGAGCGAUGGGCUGGCCCUCUGUGCUCUGCUGCACACCUACCUGCCUGCCCACAUCCCGUACCAGGAGCUGAACAGUCAGGAGAAAAAAAGGAAUCUCUUGUUGGCAUUUGAAGCAGCUGAGAGUGUAGGCAUCAAACCCAGCCUGGAGCUCAGUGAGAUGCUGUACACCGACCGGCCUGAUUGGCAGAGUGUGAUGCAGUACGUGGCCCAGAUCUACAAGUACUUUGAGACAUAAACAGCCCCAAGCCCAGCAGCUGCCACUUGGCCUCAAGUUUGUUCUGGAAGCCCUGCUCACUGUCCACCACACCUGCUGUGCCAACCACCUAGCCGUCUGGAUUUCCAAGGAAGGCUCAAGCCAAGUGGACCAGCACUCCAUGGAGAAGCAGAGCCAGCUCCAUCAUGUCCCCAUCUCAGAUGCAAACGUGUCUGGAGCCUGUGCUCAGGAAUCGUUGCUCCCAGUGGGAAGUUUCUAGAGAGGCAGACCCCGCCUCUCACCUCUUCUGUGAGAUUCCAGAGUGUUGCCAGGCCCAUUUACUACCCACACACGGCCUACAUGCUGACAAGCAGCACUCCAGCGGGUCUUUCCUUCUCCUUCCUCCUGUACUAAAACAGCUCUGCCUUUGCUUCAUUCAAAACUCUGUCCUUGCCAACUGCCUAGCCCCCUCCCCCAAAUAAAAUAGCACCCUACAGAACAGAAAAACAAAAGCAGCUUUUGCUUCUUAGCAACCUGGAAAUGCACUGAUUAGGGAAGUAGUAUGCUCAGCUCUAGGUAACCGAGGACUGGUUGCACUGCACAGGUCUCACUGUCCCUAUUUGAUUCCUCGUGUGUGCAAAGGAGCCUGUGGGUGCCUUGCUGAAGGUCCAUGGGAAGCCAGCUGGCACACACAUUACCCACACUGCCUGAGUACAGCGCUGGUGUCUGGGUUGAUGGGCACUAUGCCCAUUCUCCACAGCACCUUCAGCCCCACUGUUUGUUUACAGUCCCACUCACACACAUCUGCCCAACACGUAGAACUCAACAGAGGUCACUCACGUGUGUGAAGCAGCCUGUGCUGGUGAGCCCAUUGCACAGUUGCACAGUUCCACAGGCUUGGAGGACAGGCUUGGUACUUGUUGGGCCUUUUACAUUUGCCUAGUGAGAGAAGCUGUUUGUCUGCAGCAGAACAAACGCACUUCCCCGAUACACUGCUGGUUCCCUAGGACGCAGCAUGGUCCCUGCCUGAGCACUCAAGCCCAGUGGCUCUAGACCCUAAAGUCUAGAGGCUCUUGUCUGUUUUUCUUAGACAAAUAAAUAUGCACUUCAUAGCAAUUGAGGGUGGCCCCCUCUCAGACAGUUGGGUGUGCGCAAACACCCAUUACUGUUCUAAGUGCCAAAUAGCCUUGUGCUGGUCCUUUGAUAAAGGACCAUGCUCACAGCAACCCCUGAGAAUGACCACCAUAGUUAUAGUGAAUCUCUGCUUAUCUGAGCCACUCUGCUGGCCCAGUCCCUAUCCUUGGAGGACCUGGGUUCUGUCCCUCCCUCCGGUCCAUCCCUCUGAGGGCGGCAGCUGGGUGCACAGCACUGAUUCUCAAUCUAACAUAGCCUGGGGGGGGCAUAGGCCCCACCUGUCUUCAGACUCCAUGUGUAGUUUUUGGCUGUGGCUCCAUCCACUUCCCCUAGGACUCCUCUAGGAACUGCAUGCCUGAUCCUUCAGCUCAGGUGAGUCAGAAUGACUGGACUGGAGCCUGCACAGUCUCACAGUUCUCCAGAGCUGAUGGACAGCCAUGCAGAGGGGCAAGACACAUCCCCCACCCCCAUGUGCUCCCCACAGGAACUCCUGAGAAACAGCUUAGGGACCACCGUCAGCUGUGAAACGAGCCCUGCUAUCUCCAGGUAGGCGUUUAGGGCUCAGACCUUCCUUUCUGAUGAAUGUGUUCCUCUGAAAGCUGGCGCUCAGGCUGUGUCGACGUAACUGAUGAAGCGCCCUGCGAGGAGAAGCGCCUCGCCACACAGCUGAGUGUUGUUUCUCCACGAGUAAUCUCUGGAGCUGUGUAGGGAGUUUAGUCUGUCUCUGGGCCUUCUCAGAGUGCUGUCUGAAAAUCUGGGAGCUCCCAGCAGAGCAGUCUGCAAGCUGGUCUCCAGACACUGUAGUUUUCUUGUAAGUGGAGGCGCUGUAGGGCCCAGCCUCUGGGAACCCAGGUCGCUGAGGACUAGCCAGCCGAAGCUGUUCAUGCCUGUAGUCUCCUUUGGCUUUCCCCUGACUGCUACAGUUCUUGCCAGGGGUGUAGAAGAGGAAUGACAUCCCUCCCAACAGAAGCAGGUACUGCUGGGGAUGGGGCGAGGCAGAGGGCAGGCAUGGCCGACAAAACCCCUGUUCUCCAUCUUGGUGUCACCCUGCUGCGUGCGGGUCUGGGAAGAGCUGUAGGGCACAAAAGUGAAUAUGGAAAACUGACCAGAUAAGACACCAGCACAGGGGGUGCCUUACAUUUUCUUUUUUGUUGUUGUUGUUGUUUUUUGUUUGGUUUUUUUGUUUGUUUGUUUGGUUGGUUUGGUAUGGGCUGGUUGUUUGUUUGCUUGUUUUGCUUUGUUUGGGGUUUGUGAAAGAAGAGCUCAUGGAGCCCAGGCUCUCCUUGAACUCCUGAUCUUCCUGCCUCUGCCUCUCAGGUACUGAGAUUAGAUACCAUGUCCAGCUUUGGUACUUUUUUUUUUUCCUGUUUGCUUUUCUUCACUACAAAAGCCUCCAUAGCCAUAAUUUUUAUUUGUUUGUUUGUUUGGUUUUGUUUUUUGUUUUUUUUUUUUUUCUUUUUUUCUUUUUUUUUUUUUCCAUCUGCCCUCAGCUAAGCACGAAAGAGAGCUGUGGAAUACAAGACCCCGAGAAGUUAAGAAGUAGGGAAGUCUGUGGUUCUUGGCACUGGGUGGUGUCUGAACUCAUGAUGGAUGGCAGUGCUGAGGCCACUGCCCACAGGGACAAUGUUCUGAGGAACAGCCCUCUCCCCAGUCCCUUCUCAGCAUCCAUGCUUGUCCUUAGCUCUCAUUUUCAUCCAGUUGCUCCUCAGCUUGUGUACACCAUCCAGAAUACAAGCUGUGCCAGGAGACGGAAACCCAUGCCCUGCCAAGCACAGAGCCACCGCCUGUGGCUUCAGCUUUUCUGGAGAUGGAGGCAGGAGAAUCAGUUGAGCCUGGGAAUUUGGAACCCAUCUGGGCAGAAGAGACCCUGAGAGGGGGUGGGGCUGUCCCAAAACAAUCAGCUUUAGCAGUAGUGAACAUCUGGCAUAUUCGCUUCCUGUUUCCUUCAAGCACCAGCCACAUGCCUGGCAGUCUGGGACCUUUUUCUCCCCUGCAACCUGUCACUGGCCUGUGGAAACAGAGCUGAGACCCUUAGGGACAAACCCACCCAUUAAAUCCAGCAGUUCCUAAGUAUUCCAGUUUGAGGUGCCCCACCACCAACACAGGUGAAACAGAGAACCCCCAGCCAUUUGAAGAGAAGUGUUUCCAGCAUCUGCUAAAGCCGCUGGAUGUCUAGGUCCUCCGACCGAGGUCGGGGUUCUGAAUCUGGAACACCCCAAGUAGCUCGCUGACUAUAACUACAUUAGUUGAAUGCACUUGAUACAUUUGUGGCCUCCUUUCCAUCAAGAGCACACUAGAUAGCACCAGGCUCUGUCCAGAUGUGACAUGCUGUCAGGGUGGACAAGGCUCCUAAUGGAAGUGUAAGUUGUGCCGCUGUGUAACACUUCUAAUAAAUAUAUUUUGUUUCU